UGGCAGCCACAAAUCUUACUUCCAAGGGAGGGGGGCGCGUUUUUCCACAGAUAAAAGGCACCUAUGAUUCCCAAUACCGUUGUUAAAUUCCAUUGUUCAAUAGCUCUUACAUAGAGCGAGAUCGACGAAACCUACUACAGACUUGAUACGUAUUUAUCUUCACCACCAUGGGUCCUCUUUAUUUUUUGACUUUGUUCUUUAACAUUCUCGCCUUUACUACGGCUAGUGUGCUCGAUAAACGCUAUGUUCAGGGCAUACACUUGGUUAACUGCGGCAAUGCCUACAGUGCAAUAGUGUAUUGCGCUCAAGACGGCAGCUCAGCUUGUAAAAAGAACCCCUCUUCGAGCAAUAUGGAAAAAGUGAGAUCAAAUGGGCUUUUUAAGUGGGAAGGCGUAGCAAGCAAACAAGUCACAUUUUCGACCGGGGUUACUUUUUCUUUCACUAUUAGUAUAGAUGCCCAAUCAUUUUCUAAUAAUGGCCAUGCUGGAUCUGGACUACAAAGUUACAAGAAUAGCAUUCUUGGAACAUGGAACAUAAAGAAAGAUGACGGGCAUUCCAUGUAUAAUGAUGGGAACGGUAAUACUUGUCAUAGUAUAUAUUAUGCCCUUGCUGUCUGAGAAUGAGCCGCUUGGACAUCAUGUGACCCAGGUUGGGUUCUUCAAACUGCGAGGAACUCAUAUACUCGCAGGCAUUUCCGCACCGGGUUCGGGCCAGCGCACGUAGUGCAAGUCGGCGCCAGGAAAGCGAGGAACUACCGACUGGUUGUCGGUGUGACGGCUGGCGUAAGGGCAUGAUCUGCCAAGGACAGGAUAUCGGAAACAGGCACAAAAC